AGGCCAACCAACCACCGUCCAGUCAGUGCAGCGUGCCUUGCACCAACGCAGCCUAACAGGGCCGAAGACAUCACCGGUACCACCAGUCGGCCAAACGCUCUCCCCGCUCCUUCGUCUUCUCCCUCUCUUCCUCAGGAUGGGAGGGCCCGAAGUCGCGUCGGAGAUCGCAUCCGUGGGUGCCAGCAUAUCCCAGCACCGUUCUGAUACACCUACGACGGACGUUCCCGUUGUCAACCAAAGUUUCGACAACUUGUCUCCAGUUGCCACAAAUCAGGGGUUGCAAGAACGUUAUGAGCGUUCCGCUGGACAAAAUGCUGGCCUGCCGGCUCUCGAUACUUUGACCGCCUCGAUCCCGCGAGUCCACAUACGCACCCCUUCGACGGCGACGCCCCGAACGCCCCGCGACGCGGGACUACACGUACACACUGAUAUCACGGCCCCCCCGUCGGCAACAGGCACAAACACCAGUUCGGACGUCAGCCAGGCAGCAAUUGGAGAAGCAGAAGUGAUCAAGGAGCAAGGUCUACGGCAUUCACAACCUAUACCCAUGACGCUGGAAAACAGCCUCCGCUCAACAUUGUCUGCAGCGAGCAUACAAUCGGUGUACUCGCUCUCACCGGGCUCAGGAAUCAGCUCUCCUGCGAUCAACGCGCUGCCAGACAUAACACCUUUGCCGUCGCCGCUCCAGGGGGGAGACUCGCCCACACCGUGGAAGUCGCGAUCGCGCCCAGGCUCUUCGGGCUCAUUGAGCCGUAGCCUUCGGGAAGAAGUCCUUCUCGACGUGAGCGCGAAAGUCUCGCCCACGAAGAUGAAGCAGAAGAGCUACGGCGUUCUCACGAGCGAAGAUGGCACGAACAAGAACCCCUCGUCACACCAGUCAAGCAGAAGUAUCAGCGAUUUCCGGCCGGGAGCAUUGCACAACGAAAAGCCGCGCAAUGUUACGACAAACGCAGUCAGCAUAGAUAGCGAUAUUAUGCAGAUCGACUCUGCACUGCAUAGGGAGAAGUAUCUCGCCGAACAACGAGGACUCGUCCCUGCUUCGCUGCCAACUCCCCCGCCCAGCAACAGAAGCGUUGCUGAAAGUGAAGCAGACGAAGUAGCAGAUGAACCUGAGUUUGUCGAGUACCUAGUAGUGCGCGAAGGUCCUUCAAAACGGAAGCGCAAGUACAGACCGGUUCGGCCCCUUGGCCAAGGUACAUUCAGCAAAGUCGUUCUCGCAACGUCAGAGCGGCUGCCGCCGUCUACAAAAUUGGACGACACUUCAGAAGCGUGGCUCAAUCCAAAAAAUUUGGUGGCAAUCAAGGUGGUCCAGCAUGGACCUGCCGGUGGUGCAGACGCCGAACGCAUAGACUUAGGACUGAAGCGCGAAAUCGAAAUUCUGCGAACCCUAGAGCAUCCUACGCUUAUACAUCUGAAAGCGUUCGAUUGGAGCGACCAAGAAGCCUUGAUUGUUCUCAAUUACUGCGCAGGCGGAGAUCUUUUCGAUCUCGCCAGCCAGCGACGCGACCUCCUAACGCCCCACAUCGUUCAGCGCAUGUUCGCUGAGCUUGUCGACGCUACCCGCUAUCUACAUUCUCUUUGGAUCGUCCACCGUGAUAUCAAGCUCGAGAACGUUCUGCUCAAUUUGCCUGCGCAAGCUUUGGCCGAGAUUACAGACGCUUUUAAGCACCCUUACCCUUUGAUUACACUAACCGACCUCGGACUCAGUCGGAAAAUCCCGCAGCCUCCUGAGAGCCCAUUGCUUCAGACUCGUUGCGGAUCAGAGGACUACGCAGCUCCCGAAAUCCUCCUAGGUCAACCUUACGAUGGACGUAAAACAGACGCCUGGGCGCUUGGCGUGCUUACGUAUGCCUUGAUGGAGGGUCGAUUACCGUUCGAUCCACCACCAGUGCGCCCAGGCCAACGACCCGUUCGAGGUAAGUCCACGCAUCGCAUCGCGCGUUGUGACUGGAUGUGGUGUGAGUACGGCGACGAAUAUGGCGAAUGGGAUCCCAAGGCCGGUGCGGGCUGGGAGGGCGCCCGUGAGUGUGUCGAAGGACUACUCAAAAAAGUGACAAGAGGGCGAGUGAGCCUGGAUGAGCUUGCAGAGAGGCCAUACGUUAAGGAAGCUAUCGACUGCGAGGGAGGUUUGAGACGACCACCGCAUGCUGAUGACGAGGAUGAGUAAGUCUUGUUGACGAAUGGGGGCGAGCCUUGGAGAGGCUCUUUUUGUUUUGCCUUUCUUUCUUUGUCUUUUCGUUUCCACGAGAGAGAAACACACUACUUUUUUGCCUUCAACUUGAUCAGUAUUCGUUGGAUGAUUUGUUCUUGUCACUGUUACGGCAGAAACACAAAGCACGGGAGAUACCAACAGCAUGAGCAGCGACGGCAGGUCGGGAGUUUUAGGAUAGAACAGCCAUGCAUAAAGGACCAAAUGAGAAUAUGCCUUCUCUCUGCUAUCAGAA